AUGAACACAACCAGAAACCCACUCAAUACACUCAAUAUGCCAAUAUCCAGUUCCAGAUCAGCCCUGCAUUUUUCAGGUAACCCCUAUAAAGUCUUAGAAUUCCUGAACACAGUAGAUCAGCUCGGACAAAGUGCCAAUUUACCCCAAAAAUUUCGGAUCAGGUUUGCUUUGAAAUAUACAGACAUUGACGAAAGAGAACUAUGGCAGAUGUGCGAUGAAUGCACUGGCAACAGUUAUGAAGAUUUUGCUAAUGCGAUUUUGAACUUGUACCCAGAAUUAGGUAUGGACCGACGAUAUGUCCGACCCGACAGUCCGACCCCGACGAGUACGCCCGAUCCAACACCCGAAAAUUCGCAACCUGAAGUCUCCAACACCACAACCAUCUCCGAACCUCAAGAUCAACCCGAAAUAGUAUUAGAAAUAGUAUAUCAGAUAACAGUUCCCGACACCCCGACGAUCCGACCCGAAAUACCCGAAAUUUCGGACAUUACCAUCGGACACUCCAAAUAUAAUUCGGACAACUCGGAAAUAUUCACAGAAACUAUUGAUACUAAUGCACUGACACCCAAAACACAGAGUAUUGAGCUAAAGCCCCUAGGAUGCGAAAUACCCGAAAAUUCGGACAUAGGAGAUAUCGGAACAUCAGAUUAUGAACUCGGACAGGCAUAUACCACUCGGGACCUUGCCAUAUCAGUCAGAACACCAUCAGUCACCUUCCGAAACCCCGGAAAGACCUCCCCGAAGCACUCCGAAGAUACCCAACGCAUAUCCAAAAACUUGUACCAUAGUUUUACCUGUCCAAAAUUUGUCAUACCAGCCCCAAAAAUUGAAGUACAAACAUUCCGUCAAAUGCGCCCACCAGUAUCGCCAACCCUCGCACUCCCAUAUCGCAUUUGA